AUGACAGUCACCACUAUUACAUUGAAUUUAGCAUAUAGCUUCAGAAUUGACCCAAAAGCAACUAGACAAUCACCUAAUUACCAAACAUAUUACGAGACCAAUACGGGGUUGUGGAAACCACACUGGAAUGACUUGACUGGAGAUUCAUACAAGGUGAUGGACAACUUGUCCAAGUUAAAGUCAGUUUGUGAUGAGAUCAAUCUGGUGCAAAGUUUGGUAAACUAUAUUGAGGUGGUACCCCCGCUGUUGAACAAUCAUCGCAUUAUUGUACACAUACAUGGUGAAGAACUGUUUAUAACCAAGUCGAGGACAAAGAUGCUCCACUCUUACAAUUAUGUUAGCUCAAAGACAGUGGUACUUGAUGAAUCCCAGUAUAUGAAAAUUGAUGAACAGUUUAUCAAGCAAAUGAAUGCAUUGUGUCAAAGAUAUCAAGUUGAGGUGAUUAUAAAUAAUGAAAAAUCAUCAUUUAGCAAAAAGGUAUCUGAAAUAGCAUACUCCAUUCACAUAGUUGGCCAUCAAGACAAUAUAACAUUUUUUGAUACCUCGCUAAAAGUUUUGAUUGACCUGCACUUGAAUAACUAUACCAUUGAUUCUUAUUCAUUACCGCUCAGUUUGAUUCCAUUGGCUGGUGGUGUCAACUUAUCCAACUUCAAGCAAAUAGCCAAGCAAACAAAUGUCAACAUCUAUAUUCCCGAUUUGUUACCCAACAUAUUCAAUUCAAAUGUACUUACUAGCAACUUUGAUAUGACAGUAUGGAUCACUGCCCAGCAUCCCAUGGAUUUGAUUUUGACCAGAUCAAUCUUGGACAAGAUAUUUUAUAAGAGGAGUCAAUUAAUUUCCAAACGGAUAGCCAUGAGCCAAUCGAAACUUGAUUUAAUCCUCUUGCAUAAUCAACAAGAUAUGAUUGAUUUGAUGUUGAAACAUGGGGUGUUUAUACAGUUACCAAGUUUGGGAGAAGCAAAUCAGUCAAUCAUUAUACAAGGAUUGCACACUGAUGCUAUUGACGAAUGUAUCAGGGACAUUGGAUCGAUUGUGACUCAAUAUUAUUCAGUAUCAGGCAUAUAUGCCAACAAGGACGAAAUUUUGCAAUUGUGUCAAUAUACAAAGACAUGUACAGCUGAAUUCACCGGCUAUAGUUUUGAAAUCAAUGGACAACGUAAAGAGAUUAAGUCUUUAGUCCAUCAGUUAUCAGUGCUUGCAUCAACUUUGAAUGUACGUAUUGAGGUGAACAAUGAUCAAAAAGAUUUUAUCAGUGGUAAAAAGAAUGGUAAAUUGGUUAAAAUCCUCAACCAAGUCAACAACAUUCCAUCAAUAAAGUUCAACGUAUACAAUGAAUAUCGUUUUUACAUUGACAUUGAAUCAUCAUCAUCUAUAAUUAGUCAAGUUAUUGAUCUAAUUGAAUUGGAAUUACCACUGGAGUUGAAAUUCAACAUCCCUGAAGUUUUCCAUAAAUCAAUCAUUGGUAAUGGUGGAUCAAUGAUUCAGUCAAUAAUGAAAAAACACAACGUGUUUAUCAAAUUUUCAUCCAAUUUUGACACUUCAACCAAUGUGUAUUCUUUAUCACGUCAAUCCAAUGUUUUGAUUAAAUGUCCACAAAAGAAUAUGGCAAGCAUUCCCCUUGUUAAACAAGAGAUUGAUGACUUGGUUUUGAAAUAUUGUAUGAAUGAUGUUCAACAACAAAAUGUAUCAAUUUAUUAUAAUUUAAAAUUUCAAAUUUUGAAGAGUCAAUAUUUGAUGUUGGUGAAUAACAACAAACUACAUUUGAUUAAUCAAUUUGAACAUGAUCAUAAUUCAUUUAUUGAUUUUCCUAUAUCUAUUGAUGCGUUCAAGAAUAGCAAUGUUGUUGAGUUUAAUAUCAAAGGAUCAGAAUCGAAAAUUAAGUCAUGUGCUAAACAGUUGCAAACUGUCCUUCCAUCAACUUAUGAAUUCAAAUUUGCUGGUAAUUCAGCCAAAUUUGACCAAGUGUUUAAAACCACAAGAGCAUUUCAAAAUGAAGUUGUCAUUCCGUUUAAGAUUAUGUUUGGAUUUGACGUAAUUGUCAAUGAUACACCAUUAAAUUCGGAUUUGCCCUAUUAUCAAAUUGUCAUGUCCUAUUAUUGUGACCUCAAGUUGAGCGAAGCAAUUGAAUCAAUGACUUUUUGGCUAAGAGAAUGCGGGUUCCUCAUUUAUGAAAAGACCGAAAUGAAAUUCAAUUCGAUACUAGAGUCAUCGCUAUCAUCUCCAAUCAAGCUUCAUCGUUUCUCAAAUCAAAUCCCAUUACAAUCAAUCACCAAUGUCAAUAUCAAUAUGAUGACGCCAACUUCAUCACCUUUGAGGAAACUUCAACCAAGUACACCGUCAAUUACUGCAUCAUCACCGAUCAAAAGCUUUAUGGUAUCACCAUCAAGACAACAGUUGAUGAUGUCAUCACCAAUUAGAAACAAUAUGUAUCUGCCCGUGAUCGGUCCUCAGUCACCAACCAAACAACAGAGACAAGCACAAUCACCAGUGAGAAAUAGAAUGAAUCAACAACAGCAGAUUAGAUUACUGCCGGUUAAAUUUAACUUGGAGCCAACACUAGACAACAACAAUUAUGUAUACAAUGUAUAA